AUGGCGGCAACAGUGACAUCCAAGCCCGCACGCGGCGACGAGGCCGAACCGGCGCGCGAGAAGCUUCCGCUCAAGCCGCAGGUAGUUCGCAUCGAAGUUCUGGGAGACGAGAAGGUGGGCAAGACGUCGCUCAUCUGCUCGCUAGUGUCGCGUCACUUCAGCGAGAAGGUGCCGAGCGUGUUACUCAACGUGCAGAUCCCGGCCGAGGAGAGUGACGAAAAUGUCAUCAUCUCCAUCACCGACACUUCCUCCCGCGUAUCCGACUUGAUGCGCGUGACGAACGCGGCCAAGCGCAGCGACGCCAUCCUACUGGUAUAUGACUUAACGAGGCCCGAAACCUUUCAGCGGUUGCGACGCUGGCUGGACUUCAUUGCCAAGAACAAGGAGAUCCCCGUCGUACUGGUUGCUAAUAAAGUGGACAUCAACGCUGUCACGCCGACCACGGACGGCCCAUACGCAAGUCAAGUGCGGCACCUGGUUAACACAUAUCCCUUUGUGGUAUCGGAGGUGGAAUGCUCUGCGAAGAAUUUCACGCAGGUGGCACAAGCCUUCUUCUUGGCUCAGAAGGCGGUGUUGUAUCCAGUUGCACCACUGUACAACGAGAAGAAGCGGCAAUUGCAGCCAAAGUGUCGCAAGGCCAUCAAGCGAACAUUCCGCUUGUAUAAUCGUGAUCGCAGCGGAAUCCUCAGUAGGGAGGAGCUGAAUGAGUACCAGUACGAUUGCUUUGGAGUGCGUCUUCUCUCUGCGGAGAUUGAUACGCUGAUGGACUAUCUUUCGUCAGUGGAACCGUCAGGAGUAGCUCCAGAUCGCAGUGGACUUUUUGUAGAUGGCUUUAUCUAUCUGUGGUGGCUGUUUAUCGACCGCAACCGACCAGAAUCAGGCUGGCAAGUCCUGCGCAGUUUAGGAUACAACAACGACUUGCACCUCGAGAUUCCGCCCGAGCGUCUUCAGCUGCCGCCGUUCGAAGACGACCAGUCCGCGCAGCUCACCACUCACGCUAUCGAGUUCCUAACGAACUUAUUUCGUCAAUUUGACGCAAAUAAGGACAACAAUCUUGCCGAGAAUGAGAUUGAAGACAUUUUCUCCAUCUGCGAGGACGAAAGUGCGCCAUGGACGACGUGCUCAGCCAUCUCGUCGCCGUUACUGUACGAAAGAACCCUGGUGGAUGGCAAGCCUACGUUGUCGCUAGCAGUAUGGCUCGCGUGUUGGGGCUUCGUUGCGCAGGAGAACCCACAAAAGCUGCUUGAAACGCUGUUCUAUCUGGGCUACAACGACAAGCUUUUUCCUGCAGUUGAGUUUCUCAAGAGUCGGAGCUUAACGCGCAAGGUUGCGCGGAUUGAGCGACACGUAGUCUCGUGCUACAUUUUUGGUUCGCCAGAGUCAGGAAAGGAGCACUUUCUGCAGACUUUUGUUGGCGGAAGAGAGCCAGCGUCAGUAGACGAGGAGCAAAUCAUUCUUCGUGCCAUCGGUGCUGUCCCCGACCGAGACACCACGAAAUACUUGUUUAUCACAGAGGCGUUGUCAGAUGAUGAGAUUGAGAUGAAGGCGGAUGUGCUGCUGUUGGUGUUGAACCCUGAGGAUGAACUGAGUAAAAUAUUCGUAGAGGAAUUGGACAAGAAGCUACCUCCAUCAAUUCCGCGUGUGGUGAUUAGCUACAAGCCAGAGACUCGAAACGAAGACGUGGAGGUUGCCAUUGAUGGUGCUGACGAAAGCAGUCCCCUUGUGAAGGAAGAUCCUGUCGAUUUUGCCAUUGAUGCGACGCUGAAGCAGUAUCCGACGUCUCUGAAGUGCUACGAGGCGCAUUGCGUCAAGGAUGAGGUCGCCGGCGUCCUCGUGGCUACUGCAUUGCGGCCAAUGCGCGAUCCAAGUCGUCAGGCAUUUGGCUGCCCGGUCGGAAGACAGGUAUGGGCAUGA